CUUUUAUCAUAAACUAAAUACUUGCUAGUAUUGAUAAUAGGCUACUAUUCCUAAUUAUUAUUGAAAUAUGGGGCAGACCCACGCAACACGCUUAGAGGAAGGAAGCAGCGUUGACCCAGUGUCGAACGGUACACCCGUGGACCCAGCGUCGGAUGGUACACCCGUGUACCCUGCUUCGGAUGGUACACCCGUAGAUCCUGGUUUUCCGAAUGAAAUUGGGCAUGAUUCAUUUCAGAAGGAAGCUAAGGGACAAAAACGCAAUGUCCGGACAGGGAAAACGGUACGAAACAGACUGGUGCUAUUCGGCCGAUUCGGCACUGAUGUCCAGACAAUUAAAGGCGCUCGAUUUACGAAGGUUCAAACCGGGAAAUCAAAUAACUUGAAAGUAUUUGGGAGAUUUGGUAUCGACGUGAAUCUAUUCAAAAAUGAUGCGUUUGUCAAGAUUGGAACGAAUGCUGCACAGAGAAAUAUGAUGGCAUCAUCAACACGAGGGGACGAUUUAGGAGCUUUGAUACGAAGGCGCCUCAAAUGGACUUGA